AUGGGUGACUGGAACCUGCUGGGCAGCAUCCUAGAAGAGGUCCAUAUUCAUUCCACCAUCGUUGGCAAAAUCUGGCUCACUAUCCUCUUCAUCUUCCGCAUGCUGAUUUUGGGAGCUGCAGCUGAGGACGUCUGGGAUGAUGAGCAGUCAGAAUUUGUUUGCAACACAGACCAACCGGGCUGCAAGGUGGUCUGCUACGACCAGGCCUUCCCCAUUUCCCUCAUUCGCUACUGGGUGCUGCAGGUCAUCUUUGUAUCUGCACCCUCGCUGGUCUACAUGGGCCACGCUCUGUACUGCAUCAGAGCACUGGAGAAGGAGCGCCACCGCCGACGGAUCCAGCUGAAGGGGGAGAUGGAGGAGGCUGAGUUAGGACUGGAGGAUCAUAAACGCAUAGAGAGGGAACUGAGGAGACUGGAAGAGCAGAGGAAGGUGAAGAAGGCCCCUCUCAGAGGUUCUCUGCUGAGAACUUACAUCAUCCAUAUCCUUACUCGCUCUCUGGUGGAGGUUUGCUUCAUCCUGGGCCAGUGUAUCCUGUAUGGAAUCCAUCUGGAGCCCCUUUAUAGGUGUGAGAGGCUGCCCUGCCCCAACAGUGUAGACUGCUACAUCUCCAGGCCCACAGAAAAGACCAUCUUCAUGUUUUUUAUGAUCAUCAUUGCUGGAGUGUCACUGUUCUUGAACAUUCUGGAGAUUGUCCACUUAGGAGUCCGCAAAAUCAAACAGACUCUGUAUGGAGAGAGGUACACAGAGGACGACAGUUUGGUAUAUAGGUCCAAGAAUAAGCCAUCUUUACAACAACUGUGUGUCAUGAGCACUGCUUCCCCUCACAAUGGGCCACUGACACAGACCUUCAGGGUGAUUCAGGAGGCUGACAUGAAGCCUCUUUAUUACAGCAGUGGAGUAAAAGUCAUCCAUGACUCACCAAGACACAACAGCUUGGUUCAUUUUGGACAGACCAGCUACACCUGCCCUCAGGUAAGGAUGACACCCAGGUCUGAAGAGAUAUGUGCAACUCCACAAACCAGUGAAGGUGCAGAGAUCCACACAGUGACCCUGGACCACCAUCCAGCCUGGAAAUCUGCCAUGUCUACAGUAGAGGAGGACACAACCAGCCAAGCAGAAAUCCACGAGGAGCAGCAUCCUCAGCCAAGCCAUUUGGACCCUGUGCUUUCUGGGAGAACAUUAAGGCCUGCACCCAUCAGAGUCCUUAAUGAAGAAGAAAGACGACAAUCUUCAGUCAGCGACCUACUGAUUCCAAACCCCAGAAGGACCAGCUUCAUGAACAGGCCUCCGUCAGAAAGCCUGUCCUCCAUGAGCGCCUCCACCAGCCAGUCCUUACACAGCUCAGAGGAGUCAGAUGAACUGGGGUCUCUCCAGGGAGACAUGCCUAUGAUGCCGCCAGCUGGAGGUCGACGGAUGUCAAUGAGUAUGUUCCUGGAUAUUUCCUCCAUCAUGAAGAAGUGA